GUGAGCCAGACGUGUGAAAAGCGCUCUGCAGUUCUCAAAAGAUUUUAUAUUUCAACUUAAAACUAUUCACAUAGUUUUAUUCGAAGCUCCGCUGUCAUUGUGUACAGACGUGAUUUCUCAACCACCCUGAAAAAGCAGAUUUGCUAUUCCUGCCACACUGCUUGAAGCUCCUCCCACAACAACUCACCUUCACUGAAGCUCCUCCCACAACAACUCACCUUCACUGAAGCUCCUCCCACAGCAACUCACCUUCACUGAAGCUCCUCCCACAACAACUCACCUUCACUGAAGCUCCUCCCACAGCAACUCACCUUCACUGAAGCUCCUCCCACAACAACUCACCUUCACUGAAGCUCCUCCCACAACAACUCUGCAAUAAAUGCUAGGAUAUUCCCAUCAGCCUAGAAGUGGAGCAGAGCUGAACAUUGAGAACAUGAGUGAUCCAGAAUCCUGCAGAUUGGAAAACGCGGAGACUGAAGAACAAAGAGACUUAAUGGAACAGAUCGAGGAGAGUGAAGAACUGAGUGAAGGAGAGGAGAAAAAUCAACAUGUCAAAACUGGAGAAAAGUCUGUUAGAAGAGCAAAAAGUUUUUGCCCUCGGACUGGAAAGAGAUUCCCAAACAAAAAAAGUCACAUGAGGGUUAAUGGUGGAGAGAAGAUGCACACGUGUGAUCAAUGCGGGAAGAGUUUCACACAAAAAAGUAGCCUUAAAGAGCACAUGAAAAUCCACACUGGAGAGAAAACGCACACAUGUGAUCAGUGUGGAAAGAGUUUCACACAAAAAGAUAACCUUAAGAACCACAUAAAAAUCCACACUGGAGAGAAAUCACACACAUGUGACCAGUGCGGGAUGAGUUUUGCACAUAAAGGAAACCUGAAGAAACACAUGAGGAUCCACACUGGAGAGAAGCCACACACAUGUGACCAGUGCGGGAUGAGUUUUUCACGAAAAGGAAACCUGAAGAAACACAUGAAAAUCCACACUGGAGAGAAGCCACACACAUGUGACCAGUGCGGGAACAGUUUCACACGAAAAGAACACCUUAAGCUACACAUGAGAAUCCACACUGGAGAGAAGCCACACACGUGUGAUCAAUGUGGACAGAGUUUUGUACAAAAAGGAGCCCUUACUGUUCACAUGAAGAUCCACACUGGAGCGAAGCCGUACCCAUGUGAUCAGUGCGGGAAGAGUUUCAGAGAUGCGGACACUCUUAAAUUACAUCUGCGUUCGCAUUCUGGAGAAAGGCCAUUUUACUGUGAUCAGUGCAGGAAAACAUUUACAUCAGCUUCAGGCCUAAGUGUCCACCUGAAAAUUCAUAUAAAAGAAAAGCCUCACAUGUGUUCUUUGUGUGGAAAGCAUUUUAGUUUGCUGAGUGUCUUAAAAGAACACCAGAAAAGACACAAUGGUGUGAAGGAUCACAUGUGCUUUGAUUGUGGGAAGAGCUUUUUUACUGCCGGUGACCUGAAAAAGCACCAGCCAGUUCACACUAGAGGAAGGCCUUACAAGUGUUCACACUGUGACCAGAGAUUUGAUUGGCCAGGAUAUCUGAAAAUACAUGAGAGGAUCCACACUGGAGAAAAGCCGCACACAUGUGAUCAGUGCGGGAAGAGUUUUGCACAAAAAUCAAACCUUAAGAUUCACAUGAGGAUCCACACUGGAGAGAAGCCGUACUCCUGUUAUCAGUGUGAGAAGAGUUUUACAUUCAGCGUAAACCUUAAGACACACAUGAGGAGCCACACUGGAGAGAAACCGCACACAUGUGAUCAGUGUGGAAAGAGCUUUGCCCAAAAAGUAAACCUGAAGACACAUAUGAUGAUCCACAGCGGAGAGAAACCGCACACAUGUGAUCAAUGUGGGAAGAGUUUUGUAAAAAAAGACCACCUUAAGGGACACAUGAAAAUCCACAACAGAGUCAAGCCACAUGUUUCACACUCUUAAGUUACAUCUGCAUUCUCACUGUGGACAACAUCCCUUUAUCUGUGGUCAAUACAGUAUAAGAACGAGCAUUAUACCUGAAGAAACGUG